AUGGAAUUUAUGCAGAGAAUUUCCCACCAACUGAUAGAUCCGCUGGAGGAAGAGAAAGACGAAGAGAGCUUUAUUGUCCUGGGAAUAUAUUAUCCGGCAAUACUUACUCAACAACAGCAAGACAAGAAAGGUGUGUCCGGUUCAGGAUUUCUUAAUAGCUUCUUCUCCAGGAAUGACGAAGAAAACCCAGAUUUCCUUUCGGAUGUUCACUCACGAAUACACCUUACUUAUAGAACAAGAUUCGCACCAAUUCCUCGGGCUGCUGACGGGCCUUCACCUCUUAGUUUCCACUUCCUCUUUAGAGAUAACCCUUUGAAUACGAUUGAAAAUGUUCUAUUCAACUCAGAUUGCUUUAAUACUGAUAUAGGAUGGGGAUGCAUGAUCCGUACAGGACAAAGCCUUUUGGCGAAUGCAAUACAAAUAGCACUGCUGGGAAGAGGUUUUAGAGUGAAUGAAGACGGUACCGGUAGUGAAUCAGAAAUACUUGGCAUGUUCAUGGAUAAUUUUGAGGCCCCAUUUUCGAUACAUAAUUUCGUCAAGAAAGGCCUUGAAUUAUCAAAUAAAAAACCUGGAGAAUGGUUUGGGCCAGCAGCCACCUCGAGAAGUAUCCAAAGUCUUCUACGCGAUUUCUCCGAAUGUGGACUAGAUGAGUGUCUUAUUUCUGUGUCGUCGGGUGACGUAUAUGAGGAGGAAGUUGAAGAGUUGCUCGGCAAGAAUGAGAAUGGUAAGAUACUAUUAUUGUUAGGGGUUAAACUUGGCAUAAACGGCAUUAACGAAUACUAUUGGGAUGAAAUUAAGGAAAUUCUGGGAUCAGAAUUCUCUGUUGGGAUAGCGGGAGGCAGGCCCUCCUCGUCUUUAUAUUUCAUUGGAUACAGAAAUAACGAAUUAAUAUAUCUGGAUCCCCACAACCCGCAGCCAUCUGUACAACCAGGAAAUGAAUCUCUUUUUUAUGAGUCAUGUCACACCGUCAACUAUGGUAAGUUAUCACUAUCUGAUCUUGAUCCUUCUAUGCUGAUAGGAAUUCUGAUAUCAGGUAGAGAUCAUUGGGUAAAAUGGAAGGAGAGCACCAAAUCGUCAAGAAUAUUCAAUGUGCUGAAUAAAAGACCUUCUGAUUUUGACAUAGCUUGUGAUGAUGAAAUAGAGAGUAUAAAUUCCGAUUCCAAUGACAAUGGUUUGCUUGUCGAAGGCGAUUAUGUUGAUGUCAAGCCUUUCUCACAAUUACAUUGUAAUUCUUGCUGUGAAAUAGAUGACAGUUAUCAAGAUGUACAAUGCAAAAAGCAACAGAUCAUGGUAAUGGAUGAUAAUGAGGCGUCUAGUAAUGCCGUCGAUGUAGAGGUUGAGAAAGUUCUUGUGGAAAGAGAAACUAUCGAUAUGGUCGAUGGAGAAGCCUUGAAACUCGCAACCGAAUAA